UUACAAAAUUCCCAUCUUCAGGAGGUCUUUAAAACAAAUAAAAUGCCUCGACACAGUGCUCCUUCCAAUCUUACUUCAAAUUCACCUUCCAAUUUCUCAACUAUUUUUAAUAAAACAACACUUAAUACAAACAAAUUAAAAUUACAAGAACCAGAAGAUAUGAGUCAAUUAUUAAUAAGCAUUGAGACAUUGCGUUCAACUACAAAGUUAACCCUUCAGACAGCUGAUGCUCAAGAAAUAAGUGCAGAUUAUUUGGAAGAAUGGGCAAAACAAACACCAAACAAUGCAAUUGGGGAUGUUGUAGGGUGGACUUGUGAACUUCUUCGUGUGCAAGCUGAAAAUCAACGAACAUUUGCAAAAAAUUAUGAAAAUUUUCUUGAGAAACUUAGAAAAGUUGCUGACACAGAAAGGAAUAUACAAACAGAAGAAGAAAAACUUGAAGAUUUGGAAGAACGUGAACGUCAAUUAAAUUUAGCUUGUAAUAAUAAUGAAAAUAAGGGAGAAAAUAAUAAAAAGUUUUGGAGUCGAAAAUCGAGUACUUCCUCUAUUCCGAAAGACCCAAAUGAAGUUAAAGGUGUUUGGUAUGAAGUUGUAGGAGAAUUAAUGGUGAGAAAGGAAGAAGUGAAGAAAAAGAGAGCUGAAGCUGACAUAAUUAAAAUGAAACAAUUUAGAGAAGCUAUUAAAGGAAUUGCUGAUUCACAUUGUAAUUUUGCAAUGACAACAAAUCUAAUAUUUUCUUGUCAAAAGGAUUUGGCUGAAUGUGUGCCUCAAAUCUCAACCAUUAAAAACAUUAAAAAUAUGUUCUAUGAUGGAAUACCUAAAACUCGAAAACGUAUGGAAAAAUUAGAGAAGGCGCUUUUUGAUAAAGAGAUUCAUCUGCCUCGACUUAUCCCUCCAAUAAAACAAAUUACUAAUACUCAAUUCCGUCGUCGAAGUGAAGAACAGUUACCUUCAACUACAAUUCCAAUAAUUAAAGAUAAUUUAGUUCAACGUAUAGCUAGAACUUCAUUAAAUAAAAAUAUAAAAUUUGGAACCCCUCCACCACCUUACACACCAAGUGCUCCAACAGUUGAGCAAUUAAUAGAUUCAGAUGAAGAGGAAAAGGGAGAAAGGGAGGUAGAAAAGGAACCGAGAAGGCGCAUUUAUUCACGUUUGUCACCAGAGCCUAUAUAA